GUCCCAUUUUAUAAUAUGUGUAUUAGUUACACGUGUUACACGUGGAACCAACUGAUCAGUACACAGGUGCUCUAUAUGGUGUUUAGAGGAUUUCUCGGUGCCCACGAUGAAAGUUAAAAAAUUAGCUGUGACCGCGGCAGUUUUCGCCUUGUUUCUGGCCCUGUGUAACAGUCAUGAGGGCCAUGGACCAAAUGUAGACCAUAAACACGCAACAAAUGCUGAAGAAUGGAGAGAUCCUGAAUAUAGGCGUGAUGUAGAACACAUAAAGGAACACUACGAGGGCGUGGUGGACAUUGACACCAACAACAUGACAGAGGAAGAAAUGGAAUUUCAUUUUUUCUAUCAACACGAUACCGAUAAGAACUUGAAACUUGACGGUCUGGAAAUUCUUGCAUCUCUUUUGGAGCUGAUGUCAUUUCAAUUUAAGCAAAUGACAAAGAAAGAAGUGGAAAAAAAGAUCCAAGAGACUGCAGAAUCUAUAGAUCAAGUUUUAGAAGCAGACGAUGUAGAUAACGAUGGAUAUUUAACUUACCCUGAAUAUGUAUCCGCUCGACGUAGACCACCACCACCAGAUAAAAGUUGAAGAUCAUUGUAUUGAGCAUUUAUUUCUAAUGAAUAAAUAUGGAUGAGAACAGAAAAAAAUCAUAUUGUGA